AUGACAACUAGUGCAUACAUUUGGUUACCACCCGAUAAACAGGGUGAAUUUGAUGUUGAAAUCGGCGCUCGAGUUAUCGAUGUUAAUCAAAAUCAACUUAAAGUUAUUGAUGAUAAUGGCAAGGAACGGAUUAUUGUUAAUAAUCCGGCUAAUUUUAAAAAAAUGCAUGCAACAUCGCAUUCUGAUAUUCCGGAUAUGAUUCAUUUAGGUGAUUUGACUGAAGGCGCUAUAUGUCGUAAUAUACUUUUACGUUAUAAUAAAGAUAAAAUCUAUACUUAUAUUGGAUCAAUUUUAAUUGCUGUUAAUCCAUAUACACCACUUGAUUUAUAUAGUCAAGAACAUCUACGUGCAUAUCGUAAUAGAAAAUUUGGUGAAUUAGAGCCACAUACAUUUGCUAUUGGUGAUAAUGCUUAUCAAAACAUGUUACGUGAACAUAGUGAUCCAAAUGCUAAAUAUAAUCAAUGUGUUAUUAUCAGUGGUGAAUCAGGUGCUGGUAAAACUGAAUCAACUAAACAUAUUUUACAAUGUUUAGCUGCUAUAAGUGGAACGAAAAAAAAUUCGAGUAUUGAACAACAAAUACUUGAAGCUAAUCCUAUUAUGGAAGCGUUUGGAAAUGCUAAAACACUUCGAAAUGAUAAUAGUAGUCGAUUUGGUAAAUAUAUAACUGUAAAUUUUGAUAGUAAUGGUGGUAUUUCAAAUGCAUAUGUUGAUCAAUAUUUACUUGAAAAAAUUCGUCUUGUUUCACAAGCAAAAGAAGAACGAAAUUAUCAUAUAUUUUAUUGUGUAUUAGCCGGUUUAGGUAGUGAAGAACGAAAUAAAUUAAGAUUAACCAAACCAAUGGAUUAUGCUUAUUUAAAUAAAAGUUCACCAAAAUGUGAUACACGUAAUGAUGCUGAAGAAUGGAGAACAAUUCGACACGCAUGCAAAGUUUUAAUGUUUACUGAUGAUGAACUUUUUGAAAUUUUACGUAUAUUAGCUGUUGUUUUACAUCUUGGAAAUAUUCAAUAUAUUGCAAAAUUAUCAAAAGGUAUAGAUGGUGUAGUAAUAAAAGAUCCAAAACUAGUCGAAUUUGUUGCUUCACUUCUUGAAGUUGAUAGUAGACAAUUAACUAGUGCAUUAGUUAUAAGAACACUUGAAGUUAACGAAGGUAAAGUAGCAAGAGCAUUGAAUACAUCAUCUGCUGCUGAUGUUAGAGAUGCUUUUGUCAAAGGAAUAUACGGACAAAUGUUUGAAUGGUUAAUAACACGAAUUAAUGUAACCAUGAAUAAUCAAAAUAAUGCGAAUCUUCCUAAACAAUCCGAUGAUCGAUUACGAUCAAUUGGUGUUCUUGAUAUAUUUGGUUUUGAAAAAUUUGAACAAAAUAGUUUUGAACAAUUAUGUAUUAAUUAUACAAAUGAAGAAUUACAACAAUUUUUUGUUCAUCAUGUUUUUAAACUUGAACAAGCUGAAUAUGAAAAAGAAGGUGUUAAUUGGAAAAAAAUUAAUUUUAUUGAUAAUCAAGAUAUAAUUGAUUUAUUAGCACGUGGUCGUAUGAGUAUUAUAUCAAUGAUUGAUGAAGAAAUGAUUGUACCACAAGGUACAGAUCGAACAUUAUGGGAAAAACUUCAACAACAACAUGCAAAAAAUAAACAUUUUAUUGCUCCCUCAAAACGUCAAGUACACAAAUCACUUGUAUUUGGUGUCAAACAUUUUGCUGGACCAGUUCCUUACGAUUGUCUUAAUUUUCUUGAAAAAAAUCGUGAUACAUUCAGUAAUGAUUUGAAACAUGUUUUAGCCAAAAGUACCAAUCGUUUAAUUCAAGCAAUAUUUCCACUUGAGGCUUUAAAUCUUGAUGAUAAAAAACGUAAGCCAUCAUUAGCCGCACAAUUUCGUAAAUCACUUGAACAAUUACUCAUUACACUUCGUCAAUGUGAACCAUUCUUUAUUCGUUGUAUCAAACCAAAUGAAUUUAAAGCUGUUCAUAAUUUUGAUCGAGAACGUGUUGUACAACAACUUCGUUAUUCUGGUAUGAUGGAAACAAUAAAUAUUCGUCGUAUUGGUUAUCCUAUACGACAUGAUUUUAAUGAAUUUGUUCAUCGUUAUGCUGCUAUUGCACCAUCACUUGAACGUAUGCAUAAAAAAGCUGAAGCACGUGGUGAUCGUAGUGAUCAACGAACAAUAGCAACAAAAAUUUGUGAAUUAGCAUUACCUGGACAAGAUUAUCAAAUAGGAAAAACUAAAGUAUUUCUUAAAGAUGAUCAUGAUGCUAUGUUAGAACAAGCAAGACAAAAAAUUCUUGCUGAUCGUAUAUUAGCAUUACAAAAAGCUGUACGUCGUUAUUAUGCUCAACGACAAUUUCAACGAGCAAGAAAAUUAGCUUUAUGGUUACAACAAUCAUGGUUAUGCUAUGCUGAAAGACGUGCUUAUUGUGAAAUGCGUAAUGGUUUUCGACGUUUACAAGCGUUAUAUGAUAUGCAACAUAUUGGUGAAAAACAAAAAUUUUUUUAUGAAAUUUUACCUCGUAUUCAGAAUUUGAGUCGAGGAUAUUUAGCACGAAAAAAUGCUCAAUUUCGUCCAAAAGCUUUUGCUAUUCUUCAAGAAAAGGUUAUUCAAUAUUUAGGAUGGCGUGAAGUACGACGUGAACAAAUUAAGGCAAUGAAAUUAGCAGAAUAUGAAGCAUUUCGAAAUGAAGAAGAACAAUUAUUAACACCAGAAUUAGGACCAGAGAAAGCUCGUGAAGCAGCACAAGCCGCAUAUGACGCACGUUUAGCUAAUUUAGAUGAAGAUAUACGUGAACAAUUACGUUCAGAUCUUGCUCGAGCACUUGAAAAACGAUUAGGAAUUCCAAAACGUUAUAGAGAUGGUAAUCGUAUGGAUGAAGAUGGCUUACCAAUGUUACAACGUCAAUUAAGAGAAGAAACAGAUCCAUUUAAAAGUGAUGUUUCACGAAAUUCAUUUGAGAAAUUUGCUGCUAAAUAUUUUCAACAUGGUUACGAUAGUAAACAUACAUCAAGUGAAAUUAUUCGACCAUUACUAGAUCUUAAAUCCACUGUUGAUCAAAAAGCAGCAGUAGCAACAUUUCAAAUGAUAAUGAAAUUUAUGGGUGAUAAAGAUGAUACUAAUCCACCAGUAGUAAAAAGUUCAAAAAAUGAUAAAGAAUCUCAAAUUUUAGACUCCCAGUAUGAUAUUCUUGUAUCUGAACUUUAUCCAAUAAUUGUUCAACAAUAUCAAAUGAAACUUGAAGAAGAAAAAGAUCCAUAUGAAAAAAAAAAAACAAGAAGUCUUCGCUCAAAAGCUAUGGAUCGUAUUCGAGCAUUUAGUAAAAAAUCAGUUUAUCUUGACGAACGAAUAAAAAAUGAAAAUCCAUUGAUUGAAGAUCGUUAUUUAACAUCAUUAGAAAAAGUUCAAAUGAUUACCAUGUUAGGUAUUAUACGUCGUCGAUUAAGAGAUGAAAUUUUAUGUCAGAUUUGCAAGCAAUUAAAUGAUCAUCCAGCAUUACGUGAAAAGAAAAGUCGAAAUCCUGAAAAAGCAGAACAACGGGAUAGAUCAUAUAUGCGUGGAUGGUUUCUUCUUUGUUUAUGUUUAUAUACAUUUCCACCUGGUUCAAAUUUAGUUCGAUUUCUUCGAAAUUUUAUUCAAACUGGUCCACCAGCUCUUGGUAAUUUUGCUGAAUUUGCAUUAAGAAGAACAUAUCGUAAUGGAAGUCGAUAUGAACCAUUAAGUAUUGAAGAAAUAAAUGCUAUUCAACAAGCAUCACCAUUAAUAAUUAGUGUAAAAGUAAUUCAUGGUGAAGAUCGAAAAUCAGUUUGUUGUGAUUCAGCCACCAUAGCUGAAGAAGCUUGUUCAGAAUUAGCUAAACAAUUAAAUAUUACGGCAAAAUUUGGUUGGUCAUUAUUUGCUGAAUCACAAGCAGAAGGUUAUUCUAUUGGUUUUAAUAACGAUCACAUAUUUGAUGUAUUAUCUCGUCUUGAAAUGGGACAAAUACAAAAGGGAGAAGAUCCUCGGAAUCUUGAUAUUACCUAUAUUUUUUGUAAACAAUUAUUUGCUCCAUGGGAAAAUCUCGAUGAUGAUCCCGUUUCUAUUGAUCUUAUCUACGAUCAAAUUAUUAAUGGUAUUCGAACUGAUGUCUAUUCAUAUGGUGGCGGACUCGAUCCAGAAGAAUUCGUAUUGCUUGCCGUUCAACAUUAUUAUAUAACUCAUGGAAAAGAUGUCGAAGCCGAUAAAAUGAGACAAGUUAUACAAGAACUUUUACCAACAUCAUAUGUUGUACCACAAAAUGGUGAUGGUAAACUAAUGAAUAGAAAAAAACAACAACCUUUAGUCACUGAAAAACAACUCGAGAGUAUGGUAGAACUUGCUAUUCAUAAAGAUAAUGAUUUUAAACGUGUUAUAAAACGACUUAAACAAAAAUUUAAAACACGUGAACAAAUCAAGCGUGAAAUAAAAAAAGAUGUUAUUUUAUAUGCACAAACAAAAUGGCCUGUUACAUUUUCACGUGUGUUUCAAAUACAAACACUUUCAGGUCCAUUAAUUGAUGAAGUUGAAUUUGCAACUAUUUCUGUUGGACGAGAUAAAAUUCGUUUCUAUGCUGAUGAUACAUAUGUUUUAUUAAGCGAAAUUAACUAUUCAGAAAUUACCGAUAUUAUUGGUGAUCAUGAUCCGGUUUUAAAUUAUCAUCAUUAUACUUUACAAACUGUCUAUGGAGAUUUUUCAUUCACAUUGCCAAUGGGUGCUGAUCUUGGAAUUUUACUUAAUCUUAUUCAUAGGAAUUUGAAAGACCGAUCAACAUUAGCUAUUGCUCGAAAAGAUUAUAAACCGACGAAACGUGGUGCCGGUAAAUUAGAAUUACUUCGUGGUGAUAUUAUUGUUCUUGAUGAUGAAAGCAAAAAGAAUAUUGAAGCCGGUUUAAUGACAGGUAUAAAUGAUCGAACAAAUCGUGAAGGUGAAUUUCCAGCUGAUAUUGUUUAUAUUAUUCCUUGUACAAGUAAACCAGAAUCAAAAAUUUUGAGAGGUCUUGUUUUACACGUAAUGAAACGUGCUGUUGAUUUAAAUCAAGAAAUUGAACAAGAAGUUCAUAUUAAUUUACAUACAUUAGAAGCUUAUGCUCAGAAAUACUUUCGUUCAAGAAAAACGACAGCAUGGCAUUAUGAAGCAACAGAAAUUAAAGGACCAUUAUUACAUCGGUUUGAGGGUCAAGGUGAACUUGCAGCUAAGGCUGUCUCUAUGUUUCGUAAUAUAAUGAAUUAUGCAAAGAUGACACCACAAGAAAGAAAAAAAAUUCAACAAAGUGAUUUGGAUAGUAUAUUUGAUUAUGCAUUUGAGAAAAAUAAAAUCUUGAAAGAAGAAUUAUAUUGUCAAUUGAUAAAACAAUUAACAUUUUGUCCUGAUUUAAAAAUUGAAACACGUCUUUGGGAAUUACUUUGGCUUUUAACGGGUGUUCUGGUACCUGGAAAAGUUCUUCUUUAUCAUGUUACACUUUUUCUUCGUUCAAGUUCAAAUCCAACAGCAUUAGAAUGUUAUAAUCGUAUUCAAAAAAUUCAAAAACAAGGUGAACGUGUUCGUGGUCCACAUAUAAUUGAAUGUAAUGCAAAUAUCAAUCGUGUCAAAAUUCGUCAAUAUAUUCAUUUUCCAAAUGGACAUGAACAAGAUUUUAUUGUUGAUUCAACAACAAAAGCGAGUGAAUUAGUUUCUAAUAUUUGUCGAGAACUUAAAUUUGUUCCAUCAUCAGCAACUGGACUUUCAUUGUAUUUAGAAACAGACAAAAAACAAGUUAGUAUUCCAAGUAAUACUUACUUUUUUGAUUUUCUAACACAACUUCGUGGUCAUGAUAAGAAAAAACUUGAUUAUAAAGUUCAUUUCCGUCGAAAACUUUGGGUUGAUAUUAUACCGGGUGAAGAUAAACAAGCUGAUUCUAUGAUUCAUUUUUAUCAAGAAAGAGAUAAUUAUAUGUUAGGUCUACAUAAGUUAGAAGUUGAGGAAGCAGCUAAUUUAGCUGCUUUAUUAGGCAGAGCUGAUCGAGGCAGAGGAGCACCUGAAGCGAAUCUAAGAACUUUUGUUCCAGAAUAUUUAAUCAAAGUAACAUCACAAUCUGAUUGGGCUAAAAAAAUCUACGCGGCUGCAGGUAAUCUUCGAGAUGUGAGUGAAGAUGAAGCAAAAUUUCGCUUUUUAAAACAUGUUUCUGCUUGGCCAACGUAUGGUACGACAAUGUAUCCAAUUAAGAACGAAACUGAAGCAGAAUUUCCUGAAGAUAUUUAUAUUUGUAUCAAUCAAAAUGGUGUCGAGAUUUUGGAUGCAGCUACAAAAGAGGUUUUGGCUAAAUUUCCAUAUUAUAAUCUAAAUUUUAAUUCAAAUGCUAUUUCACUCUUUCUUGAAGUACGUUUAGGACGUACAUCGAGAAAAUAUACAUUUGAUACAGACAUUGGUGAUAUUAUUGGUGAUUUAAUUGAUGAUUAUAUGAAAUUAUCAGAACAUGAAGAAAAGCAAGAUGAUUAA